GGCCCGCCCCACAGGAAGUGACAACAGAAGUGCCCUUGACCGGUGGGCAGGGCCGCGCUGUGCAUCCCUCCGCUCUCGCUGCAGGGAGAUGGCUCAGCGACUUCUCCUGAGGAGGUUCUUGACCUCCGUCAUCUCCAGGAAGCCCUCUCAGAGUCAGUGGGCACCGCUGGCCUCCAGGGCCGCGCAGACCCCACAGCGCAGUCCUGGUAACCUGACAGUAGCACCCAGCCAAGCCCGGUCAAUAUACACCACCAGGGUCUGUGCAACGACCUUUAACAUCCAGGAUGGACCUGACUUUCAAGACCGAGUUGUUAACAGUGAGACGCCAGUGGUUGUGGAUUUCCACGCACAGUGGUGUGGUCCCUGCAAGAUCCUGGGGCCAAGGUUAGAGAAGGUGGUGGCCAAGCAGCAUGGAAAGGUGGUGAUGGCCAAGGUGGAUAUUGAUGACCACACAGACCUCGCCAUAGAGUAUGAGGUGUCAGCUGUGCCCACUGUGCUAGCCAUCAAGAAUGGGGACGUGGUGGACAAGUUUGUGGGCAUCAAGGAUGAGGACCAGCUGGAGGCCUUCCUGAAGAAGCUGAUUGGCUGACAAGCAGGGAAGAGUCCUGACUGCCCCCGCCUGCCUGGGCCCCGUGGCCCCAGGGGAACCCUAAUAGAACUCACAGCCCUUCUGUGCCGGCCCUUCCCGCCUCCUCCCUGUGUCUGGCCCCUGUGGGCCCGUGCGUUGGAGACCAGGCCUCCAAACACAGGAGCCCCAAGUGCUCCGAACCCGGCUGACCGCCGGGGUGGCCGCCCGAGGAACGGGGCUUCCGCCGAGCUGGGACAGCCGUCUUCCCCCCACUGUCUCUCUGCUCCCUCUAGGGCUUGUCGCCGUGCUCCCAGGAUGCUGGGCCAGAGCCCCAGGGCCAGCCUGCAGUCACUGUUGGUCCUGUGUCCCUGCUCCCUUCUGAUCUGAACCCCCGUGCCUGGCUCAUCUGCCUCCUGCGUUUUUCUUUCCUGCUGCUGUUUUGUAAAAAGGAAAAGAAGGAAAAAAGAAACCCAGACAAGUGAGAGUAAUAUAUAUAAUUCUCUCGUUUUUUGUAGGUCUGAAAUAAAGAACUUCAUGCGAUCCC